CAUUAGGUUGGACGGAGGGGACACGAGUGCACGUCGUGAACUGAUGGUGAAACAUCUGUGAGCAGCGGUACACGCGCUGGAGUUAUAGACUAUGACGUUUAGAUAAUUUCCUUCAACGCCGGACCUUCCGGACCUGGGGAGAAGAGGAGUGGGAGAGAAGGAGAAGAGGAGUGGGAGAGAAGGAGAAGAGGAGUGGGAGAGGAGGAUGGAGGGAGGGAUUUCUACUGGGCAGUACGGGUGUCUGCUAGUAUAGGGUUGGUGAGAGGAAGGAGCAAUGGAGUCUUUUGCCGGAGAUGGGGAGGGCAGUGCCGAUGACAUUGCAGGGAGGAGCAAGUCCAAGCUGAAGACCCUGAAAACACGUCUGUUUGGAAAGACCAAGACGGACACCAAACUGAGCCAGUCAGCCAGUGACAUCACGGAGGAGGAGGAAACGGCUGAGAACCUGUGUUCAGGGACGUUGGGAUCACGGGCGUUGUCGCACGACAGUAUCUUCCUGGCCGACCUGGAUGGCCGUUGUCCUGAGCAGCCUAGAGUUCUCUCUGAGGAGAACUCCCCAGGCCGAAUCAAAGAACUCCAGAUGAAGCUCCAGCAGCAGAAGCUGCAUCUAGGCCCAUCCCCACUGGUUCUGCCAAUCAAACGCCCUAAAGACCUAGGGAACAGCUCGGAGAAUGACACUCCUCUGCACUGCCCUUCCGAAAUGUCCGUGGAUGAAAAAACAAUCCCCCCGGCCACAUCUUACAAGGAUUCCUCCAAACCCUUAUCCCGUCCCAUCUCCGCUAUGCCCAAACCUCCUGUUACCAGUUUGGUGCCCCUCACCCCGUUUGCCCCCGUCUCUGACACCUUCCAUGCGCUCCCUCCCUUGGACUUCAGCACCCCGGCCCAGUUAACCUCCUGCCUGGAUAACUCUGCUGCCCGCCACCGCAUGUCCGUCAAGCCCAGGAACCAGAGGGCCUGUGCCAAGAACAAACGGCUGAGCACGACUGAGACAAGACCACGCUCAGAGAGUCUCAUCAACUUUUACUUGACUGAGAAGGAUGAAGAGGACAAGGCUGCCAUUACUGGGAGAACGCGCUCUCAUUCAAAUCAGAUCCUGAAGACGGAGCAAGAAGGGUCGACUACGCCCACUGCACCUCCAAAGCUGACACCGCUCAUGUCGGGUCCCGCAGAGGCUUUAAAAUGCCCAAAGACCUCCACAAAAGACCUCCACCUACCCUGCAAGACUUCCCCACAUGAGCAGCCCCAUCUUGGGGUUUCAAACGACUCCCCUGCCCCUGUCACUGCCCAGCCAACUUCAACUAAAGCUGGAGCUGAACAGCCACAGCCCUCUGAGACCCCAGUCCUGAAAACGUCCCUUGGAGCCCCCGAGCCCCCAGCCCCCCCCCCAAACAAACGGGAUGCCCUGAGCAAGAGCCGGAUGCCAGACGCAAUCCAAAGCAUGGAGUUAUUGCCCAAAGUUGACCCAGUGGCUUAUACACUGCCCACAUCCACCCUGGCCUCAGUGGUGGCGCUCAAAACAUCCUCUCUGAUGAGAAAGCUGGAGACACGGGCCGGAGGUCAGAUUACCACAGAGCCCCCUGCUGGCCAGGAGGACCCAGGUCAAACAACGCCACUAUCCCCAGAAGACACUCUGAGGCCAGGCACUCGGCCCUGCCUCUUCUCUGUCAACUCUGCCAGGGAGUGGGGGAGACCCAGGACUGGAAGCGCUGGUUUCCUAGGAUUGGUGCAGCAGGCCGAGGCCAAAAGAGAGGGAGGGGGGGAGUGGGGAGGGAUGAACAUGGGACAGGACCUGUGGAGGAACAACGGGGGUGCUAAACCAAAAGAAGAGGUGAUGACUCCAGGUGACAUGGCAGAGAAAGUCUCAGAAGGGGAGGAGUUGGAGGAGGAGUUGGAGGAGGGUGUGGAAGCGACGGAGGAGACACAGGAAGAGGAGGAAGAUGGAAAAACAACAUUCGGUGUGAAACUUCGCUCCACCUCUCUCUCUCUGCACAUCAGGGCGGAAGCAGCCGCUGGUCUCAAGAAAUGUCACGAUGCAGAAGUGGGUUCUCCACCCCCGGCCCCUUAUAGCCCCGCCUCCAAACCCACUGGGGACACCCCUUCAACCAGGCUGAACUCCAUGCCCAAAAACAUCAAUAUGGGCACCUCAGAUUCCACCACAACUCUGUUUGCAACCAGGGGCAGAGCCGGUUGUCUCAGAGAAGCAGAUACGGGAAGCUCAGCACAGCCUGCCGCCUUACCUCUCCCUAAAGUGGCCCAAACCCCAUCAGCUACCUCAAACGAGGUCAAAACUACCCCUGUCCCACCUGUGGAAGCCCAACCUGCCUCCUCAGCACCUGAGGACCACCCGUCUGGCCCCCAGGCCCUCCCCCAGGCCCUCCCCCAGGCCCUCCCCCAGGCCCUCCCCCAGGCGGCUGUCUCAUGGAUGAGCAGGGCGUGGGUGAAGACCAGGGACCUUCAGCAGCUUUUUACCAACAGUCUUCCCCGGGAGUUCCCCAGCAUGCAGACCCCCUCCCAACAGCAGGCUCCGCCCUCCACGCCACCACCGGCAUUGGCUCAGAUUGUGGAGCAAACCCAGAAAGUCACACUACUACACACAAUGACAGUGGCACCACCACACACUGAGACCGCAGCGCAACCGCAGUCACAGUCCAGAACUGAAAUGCCGACUUCUAAACUACUAAAGUCACAGACCGCAGCGCAACCGCAGUCACAGUCCACGACUGAAACGCCGAUUUCUAAACUACUAAAGUCACAGACCGCAGCGCAACCGCAUUCACAGUCCACGACUGAAACGCCGAUUUCUAAACUACUAAAGUCACAGACCGCAGCACAACCACAGUCACAGUCCACGACUGAAACGGCGACUUCUAAACUACUGAAGUCACAGACCGCAGCGCAACCGCAGUCACAGUCCACGACUGAAACGCCGAUUUCUAAACUACUAAAGUCACAGACCGCAGCACAACCACAGUCACAGUCCACGACUGAAACGGCGACUUCUAAACUACUGAAGUCACAGACCGCAGCGCAACCGCAGUCACAGUCCACGACUGAAACGCCGAUUUCUAAACUACUAAAGUCACAGACCGCAGCGCAACCGCAGUCACAGUCCACGACUGAAACGCCGAUUUCUAAACUACUAAAGUCACAGACCGCAGCGCAACCGCAGUCACAGUCCACGACUGAAACGCCGAUUUCUAAACUACUAAAGUCACAGACCGCAGCGCAACCGCAGUCACAGUCCACGACUGAAACGCCAACUUCUAAACUACUAAAGUCACAGACCGCAGCGCAACCGCAGUCACAGUCCACGACUGAAACACCAACCUUUAAACUACUAAAAUCACAGACCACAGCGCAACCGCAGUCACAGUCCACGACUGAAACGCUGAAUUCCAAACUACUCAAGUCACAGACCACAGCGCAACCGCCUCAGACGAUGACACUACCACACUCCCAGACCGCAAACCAACCACAGUCGCAGCCCACAACAAUACUACUACAGUCACAGACAGCUGCAGUCGCACAGAUCACAAAAGUUCAGACCACCAAAACACCACUGACACAGAAGUCAACACUACUGCAGAAAGAUGCUGAACCAUCAAUGCAGGACACAAAACCUUCAACACAGGACACAAAACCUUCCACACAGGACACAAAACCUUCAACACAGGACACAAAACCUUCAACACAGGACACAAAACCUUCAACACAGAACACAAAACCUUCAACACAGGACACAAAACCUUCAACACAGGACACAAAACCUUCAACACAGAACACAAAACCUUCAACACAGGACACAAAACCUUCAACACGGGUGUCAAACCAAACCAGCACUUGGGCAACACAACCAACCACCACUCCACCACAGCCACAAUCUACCCAACGUUCUGUGUCUCAAAUAACCACGCAGUUUAGCCUACGAGCGACCCAGCCCGCCUUGCGCGCCACCACACCGACUCAAGCCGUGCUCCAUUCCUUCCCAGCCGGGGCCACGUUCACAGAGCCUGAGGCUCCGUCGACUCACUCCUCAAGCCCGCGUUCCAUCCCCAGCCAGCCUCCCUGGACCACCCGAGGCGUCAACCCUAACCUUCGGCCCCAGCCUGGCCCAGCAACGACUCCAGGCCCAGUCCGAGGCCCGGCAAGAGGCCAGAGGAGCCCUGUCCUCCAGGGGAGGUGUGAGGGGGAAGUGGCGCCAGCUGAGAAGAAGGUGGGCCUGGACAGGCCGGGGACUUUGGAAGAGAGGGCCGCCUUUCUAGAGAAACAGACGGAGUGGAGUCCUCCAGCAGGGAGAAAGAUGGAUCUCAGAAGAACCAAAACCACAUCGGAGUCUCAAACCACAGCCGAAUCAGCUGCAUCUCCCAAAACUACGCCCACACAUGUAGCCGCUAAAGUUGCUCAACUCGACAGAAGACCAGAAUCAAGCCCAACCAAAGUGCCAGGCAGGCUAGCAGACCGAGAGGAAAAAUGGCUGAGGAAGAACGUGCCAUCGUCCUUGUCUCCUUCAUCAUCCCCUUCGACUUCAUCCCCCCUGCAGACCAUCACUGAUGUGGGCGGGCAGCCAUCUUGGAUGGAACUGGCCAAGAGGAAGUCAAUGGCCUGGAAUGACAAGACCAUGGACUGAUGGAAGGAAAACAUUGAGGAAGUUGGGUGAGGGUUGAGGGCAGAUGGGAUUGGGAAAUAUACCGGAAAUAUUCUUUGUAAACUUAUUCUGCUUAAAAUUCCUCAACUGUAGGUUGUAAGAGUGAUGAAAACACAAUGAGAGAAACGUAAUGGAAAUGUAGAGAGAGUGGAAGACAGUGAGAUUGUCAGGAAGUCUUAAGUGGAAUUUAGUUGACCUCGCAAGCGACUGCUAUAAAAUCUGCGUACCUUGAAUGUGCUGAGUAUGUGAACAGAUGUCUGUGCUGUAUGUUAGUGUUUGGGAUUACCAUGAAGCAGACUGGUUCUCUGGCUCUGAAUUAUUAUGUUUUCUUGCUCUCAGGGUUUUGAUUGAAAUGUUUUCUGUCCCAAACUCUGGGGUUGGUGGGAGAUGGAACAUGUUAUUGGCAUAUUCAGAUCGUCCAUUAAUUGUCACUCAGUAAUUUUUAAUUGAAUAAAUGUUUAUGUAUUUGA